AUGAACUUUCUUGACCCCCUCGAUAUUACAAGGUCCACAACUCCAAAUCCGAAUCAGCCCGAACAACCGUCUCUCAAUGAAGAGGUAAAUCAGGUUAUUGGCCAGCUGGGACGUUUCUGGGGUGGAUUUAGGAAACAAAGCCAAACUGUCUUUGAACAUGCCAAAAAAGAUUUUGGAGAUGUUGUAGUUCAAGCACAGAAGGAGUUAACCAAGCUCACAACGACCGAUACGCCCGCGACGACUAUUGAUGAAAAUACUAAUAAAGAGGAGGGCACUUCGACAGGUGCUGGGACAACGGAAGCCUCUACGUCUUCCGGAGAAGCGUCUACUUCUGCCUCUGCGGCUCGAGAAACACCGUCUUCUUCAACAUCUUCUGCGACUCUUUUCUCGCGUAUUCAAGCGGCUUUACCUCCCAACAUCGUCCAGACUGUCCAGAACAACAUUCCAGAGUCGUUGAAGCAUGCAUCAGAAAGUAUAGACAUACAGCAAAUGCGUGCGAACAUCCUGUCAGAGCUCCAACGCGUGCAGGGCGUCACCCUUGCCCAGGCAGAGGAAUAUGCGCAUAAAAGUGAGACUCUCCUGCGUGAAGCGAUGAAGGAGGCCGGGGAGGUGCUCCGCGAAGCCGUCAAGGUUAUACCUCCAGAUCAGGUAAAUGGAAACGGGUCGAAUGUUCUUUGGGAUGGUGCAGAUAUGUGGAUGCUACCGGAGCCUAAUUUGGUUGGAAAGGAGAAAGAAGGAAGCAAUACGAAGAGUCUGGAGACCCAGAGUGCUGUUAUCAGCCGGGCAGAGGCCCUCUUACGACGGCUCAAGCAAGAUCCCACAAUCAUCAGGCACGAUCCUGAAGCGGAAGAAGGCGUGAAAGAACAAUAUAAUCUGUGGAAGGAAAAGGAAGUCGAUACUCUGGAUGGUGGUGUUGAAGGCGCAGAAUGGAAAUCUAAGAUUGAAACCGCUUUACAGGACUCCAACGAUAAUCAAUCCUUGAAGCAACUUCAAGAAACAUUAGUGCCUUCUGAAAUGAACCAGACUACCUUUUGGCUCAGAUUUUUCUUCCGUACUCAUCAAAUUCGUUCCGAGGAGGAAAAGCGAAAGGCUUUACUUCAAAGGACUAUUGAAAAUGAAGACGACUUUAGCUGGGAAGACGAAGAAGAUGAAGCAUCGUCACCAACAACAAGUAAACAUACGCAGCCAAGUCAAAGUCCAUCUAAUACUGUGGCUGCCAAGAAGCCAAUGACUGAUGGCCUUACUCCUCCUUCAACAAGUCUCGAUACUGCGGGAACACCAAGUCCUAGGGUGAGUAGCGAAGGCAGCUUCGAUCUUGUGUCCUCCGCCAACAUUAGUGUCGUGGAUGAUGUGAAGCCAUCAAUGCGCAAAGAAACCGAUGACGACGGUGAUAGCGACUGGGAAUAA